AUGCACAUCGCUCCACAAUACACUCGGGAAGCGCUGAACUCGCACCGCGGUAUGCAAAAGGCAUCACUGGAAAUUGAUACGCAACUCCCCAACAUUAACUUGCAACAAUACUUCGGAGUUGCCGAAGCAUUGCAUCGGUACUUCUACCGGCUGGACAUUGCCGACCACCAGGUCCGCAACAACUUUCGGCAGUGCCAGCGGUUGCUGGGAAUGCCGCUGGACUGA